AUGACGGAUGUCGAGGACUCGGCGGUGAAUGACUUCUUGCUGAUCCUCGAGGAGCACCGCAAGAAUUGCGAACGACAGGGCAAAUAUGUCGAGGCUGAGAUCGCCAAGAAUCGUCUGGAGGAACUCAAAGUACAUGAAGAAAACCGACGAAGGGAGGCGAUGCGUUCGCGACAGAUCGCCGAGCGACUGGGAGUGGAAGAGGCUCAUAUGCUCGAGUUUCAGCAAUUCAACCAGGUGUGGGACAGAAAGAUGGACGAGUACGAACGCAACGUCGAGGAGCUUGUUGUCAAUAUGCGAGAAAAACACAAGUCCGAGCUGUUGGAGUUCCAACAGAAGCUGCUGGAGAAGAACCAGAAGCCGAAGUUCUCCAAGGACCUGCUCAAUCUCCGACGUAUCGAAGAGCAUCUAGCUCGGCAAAAAGAUUAUGGCGAAGCACACAAGAUCAAGCUGAAAUCGGACGCUUUAGAGGCCUGGGAGCUCGAGAAGUGGCGCAACCUCAAGCAACAGGAGAUGUUCCAGCGCGAGGUGACGUUCAAGCAGCGACAGAAACAGGAUCUAGACGCGCUUCAGAAGCGUAUUCAAUCCGGUAGAGAGGAACAGAAGAAACAACGUCAGGUCGAUCUUGAACGACUGUUGCAGAGGUACCAGAAUGUCAAGGCAGAGCUUCAGCAGCAACAGAACUUGGAGCGAAUCCGGCAUGAGAAGUUUGCGCAGCGAGCGAGAUGA